CGCAUGUGCACUGGGCACCUGGCUGUCUGCCGGAUCAGCAGUCUCUGGUCAUCCCCUGCACUGUCCGCAGUCUCUGGUCAUCCCCACUGCACUGUCAUCGCACUGUCUCUGGUCAUCCCCUGCACUGUCCGCAGUCUCUGGUCAUCCCCCCCUGCACUGUCCGCACUCUCUGGUCAUCCCCUGCACUGUCCGCACUCUCUGGUCAUCCCCUGCACUGUCCGCACUCUCUGGUCAUCCCCCUGCACUGUCCGCACUCUCUGGUCAUCCCCUGCACUGUCCGCACUCUCUGGUCAUCCCCUGCACUGUCCGCACUCUCUGGUCAUCCCCUGCACUGUCCGCACUCUCUGGUCAUCCCCUGCACUGUCCGCACUCUCUGGUCAUCCCCUGCACUGUCCGCAGUCUCUCUGGUCAUCCCCUGCACUGUCCGCAGUCUCUGGUCAUCCCCUGCACUGUCCGCAGUCUCUGGUCAUCCCC